AUGUCACCGACAAUAGCUGAAUCAAUUAUUUUCGUAUCUCAAAAAUACACAAUUGUCGUAUAUAUUAUCAUUUUCCUCACUGGAAUUGUAGGCAAUAUCUGUAAUAUAAUUGUUUUUCGUACGCUAAAAGUAUUUCGACUUAAUCAAUGGGCCUUCUAUCUUGUUGUUGCAGCUAUCGUAGAUUUAUUUUUACUAUUAAUUGUUCUACCAUUGCGUAUAGCUGAUUAUGGAUAUGGUUAUGAUGCGAUGCGCUACUCGCUUGCCUGGUGUAAGAUCCGACAAACCAUCGUUCCGAUAUUUUCACUUCUGUCGUUUUCAGCAAUAUGCCUCGCAUCAGUUGACCAAUAUCUAUCAACUCAUUAUAUUCCUUCGUUGAGACAAAUGAGUUCGUUGAGAUCGGCUCAUCGGCUGGUUUCUAUUGCCAUCUGUCUUUGGACGUUACAUGGGAUUCCGUUUCUAAUAUUUUUCGAGAUAAAACAACCAGCUGGCUGUGCAGUGUAUAAUCGAGGGUUUCUUAUUUACUAUUCAUACGUUCAGUUUUGUACACUCAGCGGAAUACUGCCAAUCACAAUCUCAGCAAUUUCGGCGUCACUUGCGUAUUUAAAUGUUCGUCGCAUUGUGCGACGUCAAAUCCCAAUCAUUCGACGGCGAUUAGAUCGUCAACUCACAGCGAUGGUUUUAACAAAAGUGAUGUUUUUAGUGGUUACUACUUUACCAUUCGUUGUCAAUCGUAUUGUUUUCAUGAAUAUAUACAUUGAUCCUAACGAUUCGUUACGAGUAGCUAUUGAACAAUUAAUCUCAACUGUUACUUCAUCUUUAUUCUACAUAAAUUCAGCGGGCACGUUCUACGUUUUCCUAUUUGUGUCCAAACGUUUUCGGCAACAAUUCAGAUAUGUGUGGAAAAAAGCGAUCGGAAAACCGAUGCUUCGUAUGAUGAACUGUUCUCGACUACUUCAUACAGAGAACCAAGUAAUACCUGAACAGUUCGGCUCUCAUAUAGCAGACGAUGAGCUAAGCUAA